AUGACAUGCGAUUUUUUUAUCGCUCUACAAGACAGUUUAUUCAUUGGCUUCAGAGAGACUCACCUGAUGGUAUGGCCACGCUAGGCUAGAGUAAAUGCUUUAUAAAUCUAACAGUCUAAUAAAAUAUGCUCUCGUCCUGUGGACCUGAUAGAAAUAAGAUUGGCUGAUGGUUAAAAUAUUAAUAAAGGACCCGAUUUAUCAUGUCCACAGAAGUUGGGAAUUAAGGUCAUGGAGCAACGCUAUUAUGCAUAGUUUAAGAGAGUAACUCCAAAUUCAAAAUGCGUGUUUCAGAACUUUAAAACUCUAGUUGAAUUAUGGAGGGACAGGCCAACUCAAAAAUUUAUUUGAAGGCAAUGGAGCUAUUUAUGCCAGAACAGUAAAUUCGAUAGAGUCGAAACGAGACUCCGCAAAAGAGUCGUUCUGGGGUUGACGCCCAGAACGACCCUUUUUGGGGUCGUUUUAACUCAUUUGAGUUUUCAGUGAGGAGCUACUUUAAAAGCUCUAAAAAUCAUCGGCUAUACGUCCUUAAAAAUCAAGUGCACAGGCAUGCGAUUUAUAGUGGAGAUCGAUCAUCGGUGAAGACACAUCAUCCAUCUCACGGAUCACUAUGUACGUCUCGGUGUAGAAAAGACGUGCUAUUUAGAAGAACUACCUAGAAUCAUGCGAUCUAGUGCAAUGAUAGGGGAAACUAAUUACGAGACAAUCGGGCAGCUGUUUUCGCAGGCUAUGCUAAUUAGAGUGCGAUAAUGCGCGUACUUUAAUACGUACCGCAGGUACGGUCAGGUACAUCUUUGUUUUCAGCCAGGUACUAUGCAGAUACGCGGGACUCUCGCCAUAUGACCAGCAAACUCAAACCCGUGUAUGUGUAAAUCCUACGGACAUAUCCGAUAUGUCUUGUCCAAUGGUCUUGUGAGGAAACAUGAUUUGAUUACUAAUGGGAUGAGAUGUUGGAGUCAGUCAUUUAUGCAAAUGUGCUCUUGUUCUGUCUCCAGUCAUGGCGAAGCUAGCCAUAGCAACAGGUCAUGCUAUGCAAAUUUUUAAUGAUUUGUAGUAUUUAAAUGCAGGUUUAUUACCAUAGCAUGACCAGUUGCCAUGGCUAGCUUCUCCACUGGUUUCAGGUUAAUGCCAUUCAGAAAUCUAUGCUGUAUGUACUUUAUCUUAACGACUAAGUGAGUCUUAAGUUUGUACUAGCGUACAAACUAUGGCUGUCAUAAAGUAGUACCAUCUUGAGACUGAUAAGGUACGUUUCUUGUCCGGUCCAGACUUAUACGUAUAUAUAAGGGAUCCUGCACAAAACAAUCCAAUUCUGAAUUGUUUCAAUUAAUAUAGAAAUUUUCAAAGAAGUCAUCGGCAACUGGAAUAACAAAACAGCCAAUGUUAAAAGCAAGGUAAUUUCGUUACUCUGGUGGAAAGACAGAGUUUACUUAACACGUCCUCGUGCCCAGGUCCAUUUGGUAUAACGAAUGUCCUCAUUGCACGAAAUUGCAUUUGCAGAUGUCACUAAUGGUAUCUGUAGAAGGCACUCUUAUACUAACUAUACAUACAAGAUUAUAUCUACAUCGCACGUAAAAAACUCACAAGUUAGCAAUGCUGUUCCAACAACUUAACAGGAUGUGUUCGCACUGCUUGUUCCCAGCUUGUUGACAAGUCGUCAACGGCUUGAUGAUAACUUGCUACAAGGUUGUUGAGCUCAACAUAUAUGUUACAAGUGGUUCCCACGACUUGUUAUCGUCCUGCGGUUCAACAAUUUGUCAACAAGUUGUGAGUAACAACCUUGAUAAAACAACAACAUUGUUACAACUUGUUGACAAGCUUGCUACAAGCCUGUUGCGAACACAUCUUGUUGACAAGACUGAUUUUUCUCGUUGAUUUUUACGUGUGUAGUUGCAUCGUACACACAGUCCCGCCUAUACGAAACUCUAUAAAACCGACACCUGCAUGUAAUAUACGUUUCCGACUCACUAACAUCGUUCGACUUAAUUUUCCAGAUUGCUAAUUAUGAAUGGCCAUUUUUUCUGGUGUGUGGAAUUCUAUUUUUCUCGGCGUUUGCUAUAUCCGUCACUGGUUUUGGCAUUAUUUUGUACAAGAAAUUUCAGAAAACCAACAGACACGACAAAUCUGUGGAAAAAGCUGAUAAAUCUGGGUCUGAUCGCUACAUGUUCAUUCUCGCCAUCGUGUCUUGUUUCUUGAUGUACGUAUAUUUGAAGCAUAGUUUUGGCGAUGGAAAUUAUCGAUUGGAAAUUCUAUAUACAUUUAUUGGACCUAACCAGGAAUGGCUGCGAAAAAUACAACUAUAGGUCCCUGACAGGAAUUGAACCUGCGAAGCGCAGGACCGCAGGUUCGAUUCCUACCAUGGACCUAUACAGGGUGUAUAAAAAAAAACGCAACCUCGGAAUUUCCAAAGAAAUCACUGUGCAAUUCUUAAGCAUAAAAGAUUUUAGGCCGCUGGGAAUUGAAAUCGAAUUGCUAAUAGAUCAUAUUACUGUUGUUGUGCAUUAAAUAAAUGCAUAAAUUUUGCUUUAUGCACUCGCGUGUGCAGUAAUUUUGACAGUUGUGCUAUUUUAAAUUCCCAGGCGCCUAAAAUCUUUUGUCUUUAAAACAAUGUCGAUUUCUUGGGAAAUUCCGAGGUUGCGUUUUUUUUUAUACACCCUGUACAGGGUGUCCCCCAAAAAAGUGACACUAUAGAAAUUAUCUCAUUGUUCUUAAGCCGCUCUUAAACGCGCGUGAUUACACGCCUGCGAAUUUAAUGAACUUGUAUUUACAUUUAAGCAUUUUAAAACGUUUUCGCUUUGUCCAAAUAUUUUAACGCCCGAGUCAAGCAAAACGAUUACACUAAUAAACGGUUUGCUUUUUUAUUUUAAAUUCCAGAAGCAGAAGUUUAUGCACCUGUGGGAUCAACUUAGUGCUAGGGCAUUCAAAUUAUAACAAUAGGAUAAUUUCUAUAGUAUCACUUUUUUGGGGGACACCCUGUAGAGGGUAUCACAAAAAAAACGCUAUGGAAAUUCAACAGGCUGUCGUGCAUCAUAAACGUGGCUAAACAAUUCAAUUUUUACAUAGGACGAAAGAACAGUUAUUUAGCUUCUCAAUGAUACUUUUUUUUAAAUCGUAACGAUGAGAAAUGGCCACAUACUCGCCAAAUAAAAAUUGCCGGUCGAAAUCACAUUCUUCCACCGUUGGGAGUUGCAUGAAAAACGAACAAUAAACAAUUCCCAAGUGGGAAUUGAAAUUGAAUCUUAAAUUAUCUAAAAUAAGCUCAACUACUCAAUCUUUGUCUUAGUUAGACCAUAAGAACGUCCAUUAUUGCAUUAAACAUUGUUCAAUUAACCCCUGAACAGAGAACAUUCGUAAUCAAAACGUUUUACGAAACAAGUACCUUGCAGAAGGCUCGCGUUGCUUUUGAGUUUUGGAUUGAUUAACUUUGCAUAAUUAAUGUAUUUUCAAUUCCCAACGGUGGAAGAAUGCGAUUUCGACCGACAAUUUUUAUUUGACGAGUAUGUGGCCAUUUCUCAUCGUUAUAGAAUAGAAUAGAAUAGAAACUUUAUUUCACGAGGGAAAACGUAUUAACCAUAAAAGUUAUCUAACAUACGGCCCUCGCACUAUUUUGAUAUUUACAGGCAUAAGAAGUAUUAAAAAUUACGACUAUUUACAUAUGAGAAAAAAAAAAAUUAGUUAUGAAUACAAUUGCAAUUUAGUAAAUAUUUACAAUUUAUACAAAAUAGAUCUUCGAUAUGGUUAGUAAGGUUAAGCUUGUUAAGAAAGAUUUUACGAAUUUUUUGUUUGGCGUUAGUAUAUGAAGAGCAAGAUGGCGAAGCAGCAAGUUGCUUGCAAUCGCUAUCUAAGCAAUUAAAAAGAAUGGAAGCACUGUACAGAAAUGUUAAGGUUACGGUUUAAGAAAGGUAUCAUAGAAAAGCUAAAUAACAGCUCUUUGAACUGUUUAGUUAAGUUUGUGAUGCACAACAGCCUGUUGAAGUUCCAUAGUGUUUUUUUUUGAGACACCCUGUAGUUGCAUUUUUCGCAGCUGUUCCUGGUUACGUCUAAUAUAUGUAUAUUGAAUUUCCACUCCAUAAUUUCCAUCUGCUAAACCCUCCAACUAUUAUUUUUCAAUCCACUGUGACAUAUAAAUAGUUACAAAAAUAUUUUAACAUGAUAUUUAAAAGUGUAGAGGUACUGCCUUCCUAAAAUUACUGAAAAGCUAAAAAAGUUAGGAAGCCAGGAAACAUAAAGUAAGUUACAUUACAGGUCGAAGAUACACUACUGAUACACACAAACACAAAACUAUACUGUAUUUACACAUACACUGAUACAAGUUCUACUACAAGUUUAACUAUUAUAAUAAAAAAUUGAAACGAGGAGCAGAAAUCAAUCUUAAUAUUGAAUCUUAUUACAAAUGAUCUAAUAGACGCCCUGGGGCCGAUUGUAUCAAGCCCGUUUAGCUUAAACGAUGUAUAAGUCAAAAUUAAAUAACACUCUUAUAUUUUGCUGCUAGGAAAAUCCAAAAAUAAAAAUUUCCCGUAUAAACCAAACGUAUAAGACGUCCUGCGUAGCUAGGGUUCAGAUAGUGUGCUGUACUACUGCCAUCAUUUCCCGCACAUGACAAAAAAGAUUUUCCUGAGCUGGAUGUAAGAAAAUUUCCUGCCAAGAUACUUUCAGUUAGAAAUUUCCUGGCAGCGGUGCUGAUGGCGCCAGACAUUUUCAAGUACUGACGCAGAUAGUGCCAAGCUCUACGUACCUAAGUGGUACUUGGCUGAAAAAAAGUACCAGGCCGCAAAGUUGGCGUGUCUCCGGUACGUAAGUGCACGAAUUGUCCCACCCUGUUUAAUUAAAAGGGGGGCGUUUAGUGGAAAAAAAUCUCUAGUGUGCGGCAUUUAUUGCUACAAUACUGGGGCGAAAAAUUGGUAGACUUCUUGAAUCUUCAUAUCUUGCUCCCUUCCCCCUGUACAAUACAUAUGUUGGUAUUUUGGUGAUAUGUGUUGCAAUCCACUUCACCUGUUCGGGCGGGGGAGGGGGGGGGGGGCGUUCGGGACAAAUAGUCGGUUCAGUUAAAAAAAAUACCCAAGUUUUCAUUACAUGUUUUCAAAUUUGGAUAUAACUUCCAAGAUUGUACAUACUGCGCUUUUGCUCUUCUUGAUUUGAACAGUUUGCACAGUCGAUAAUAGAUCAUAAAUCGGUAAUUUGAAUAUUUAAUUAAAUCGAAUAAACGUCCUUGUACACUCUAAAAACACUCUGCAUGGCAACCUAGGCCUUCUAUUUUUAUUUAUAUUUUUUUAAUAUUCAGCGCUUUUUCACAUGAAAAGACUGGGACUAGGUGAUUUGGGGGCGGGGCGGAGGAAGGACGCAAAUGACCAUAUUGCGAUAAUUACCAAAUGCUAGCCGGAAAUUAACCAAACCUGCCAAAGAUACCUGCCAAAGCCAGCCGAGUAAAGGCCUAGGUCUAGGCUGUCUGCAUGUUUAAAAUGUCCUGGGGCCGGUUGUAUAAAAAAGUGAUUAAAGUUAACUAUAAUUAAGUGCAAACGUCAUCCAAUAAGAAGCGCGUAUUUGAGAGUUAAUCACUAUUUAACUACAAAAUAGUGAUUAAAAAAGUGAUUAAGAGUUUUAUACAACCGGCCCCUGGUUAACCUUGAAUUAAUCCCAUUUGGUUAACUUGGGGGGUGGCACCGAAGAGAAAAGGGUUGGGUAAACAAAAUUUUGAGUGAGUAAAAAGUUGGGUAAAUGAAAAACAAAACAACUCAAGGGUUGGGUAAUAAAAAUUUAUUGUCAUUUCCAAAGCAGACUCACUGAAAUAUUGAAGACUAAAAAGCAAUGUCAGCAGCCAUAUUUAAAUCCAAUAUGUGAAUCAAUCAGAGCCGCUGUCUUGACCAUUUUCCGAUUUGUCAGGAGACAAAUGGUGUCUCCAAAGAAACUACAUGUGCAAACAUUAUGAAACUUUAGACUGCGGAGAAUUUCACAAGACGUUAUCAAACUCAUGUCACAGAAGUGGUAAAGGACAUGUGCAACAACUGAAUGGCAUCCUUUUGUAAAGUUUUUUGGCCAGGGGUGGGGUUUUUUUUUAAUUGAUAUUUGAGGUUGGGUAAUCAAAUUUUUGAUUUUUUAAUGGUUGGGUCAGCAAAAUUUUGGCCACGAAAAACAUUUCUCUUCGGUGCCAGUCCCCAACGUAAAUAAUGACCGGUCCCUUACCUGGUUAUUCUAACCUGUUGUUUAGUAAAUUUAACCGGGACGUCUUGGUUUAAAUCAUCAAGAUACCAUGGUCUGGAAACUAAACAGUGUUUGUUACAUGUUUUGUUUUGAGUUUAUACUCAUUUGUGCACGGUCACGGUGAUUGAGCUCAUUGUAUUUUCGUAUAAUUAAGUAAUCGUCCAAUAGGGAAAGCUGAUAUGAAACGUGCAGCCACGAGGAAUAAUAUUUAAUGAAAUUGAGACAAAGGAUUUGUGCACUGUGAGGUACAGUUCAAUAUCAAACAAAGGUCUUCUAUUUUGUGACUUUGAAGUUUUCCGGGAUUUCAGAAUUCAGACCAUCGUAUCUUAACACAACAAGGGUAAAUUAACCAGAUUAUGUCAGGAAGAACAGUCCUGAGAUUAGCCUGCGAACAGGCUCUCAAGCUGAAUUGAGAGCCUGCAUCGAUGACUAAUGAAUUUGAAUAUCUGCGUCUCAAAUCGUGACGCGAAAUUCUCAUUGGUCAGAUGCUAUAAUUUAUAUGUUUCCGCUGAGCUCUAUAUAUGUCAACUGCUGAAGCACUAUGCAUAAAAACACAUUAACUGAUCAAAUUGGUCUUGGCCAUCUUAUCUCAAAGCACGAAAUGUUCUGUUUUGAGAAAACAGUAUUUAAAACAUUUAAACUUUUGCUUGAAUAUCUUAUAUUUCGAAAAAUAGUAUAAACUGUACGGUCUAAAUUUAGUUUGCACGGUCUAAAUUUAGUUUGCACGGUCUAAAUUUAGUUUGCACGGUCUAAAUUUAGUUUGCACGGAAGUUGUAAACAACACCAAAUAAGGAUAGACAUUCCAUAUUUGGAAAAACGAACGUUACGGGGCAGAUAUUCAAAUUCAUUAGUCAUCGAUGCAGGCUCUCAAUUCAGCUUGAGAGCCUGUUCGCAGGCUAUCCUGAGAUGUGUCACUGUGUGUAUCGAAGAAGUGAGAUCAGAUAUGUCACUGUGUGUAUCGAACAGGCACCGAAGAAACGUCCUGAGAUGUGUCACUGUGUGUAUAGAAAUGCAUUUCACUCGGAGUUUUGAAAGUGGCCUGUUUAAUUAUUCUAAUUUUCAUUGUUUCCUCUUAGUUGAUAAAUAAGUUUAUUGAUAUAAAUCACUUCAAGACAGAUGUGUUGGUCACACAUGCCCCCUAAAUAUAUAAGGCUGAAUGCCCCCUUUCAAAUGAUAAGCCAGAGGUGGAAUUUAUUUUCUCAGAAAUGUUGAAAUGGGAAAUUUCAUUUCUGGGAAAUGUUUCAGAAAAUGUUGUUUUUUACUCAACAUUUUCUGCAAAAGAUUACAAUAUAAUAUUAGAGGAAACAGUCUUUUUUAUCUUACAUGGAUUAUGUUCUUUAAUAAGAUAUGUUGUCGUAUGAAGCAAUAUGUCUUAAAACUGAUAAAGCAUACAAGAUAAUCCUGAAGUAGUCAUAGUAGGUACACGGAUUAAAAACAAAUAUCCUAGGCUACAUUAUAAUAUCUUCGUUGCGAACUGUAAGUUGGUUAUCGAUUUAGUAGAACAAUUUGGUAUUCAAUCAUUUCAAAGAUCGGGUAUUUAGUAAUUUUGAUAUUCAAUCAGUAUAAUUUUGAGAAUUAGCUAUGAAACAUAAAGAAAAAUGUCUGAAAAUUUCUGCAAAAAUGGAGAUCCCCAAAUAAUUUCUGGGAACAAGUGUGGGUCUCCAGGUUUCAAUACUUUUCCAGCUCUGUGAUAAGCAUUGUGAUUAUAACUUUUGUUUUAACGUUCCAGACUAACAGAUGUCUGUUUGUUUAUCUCAAACAAUCGUCUCUCAGAAGAUCUGCCUCGUGCCAGAGAAACGCUGAUAAGUUCUGUUGAUGACCUGCAAAAUUUUCAAAAUAGCACAGUUCAGGUUUGUUGAUUCUAAAAUUGUUGAUUUUGGUUAUCUUGUCAUGAGCGUAUUUCUUCCUAAAGGCUCUUUUUCACUCAACGGAAUUUUGAACUAAAUUUGACCACAAAAUCUCAAAAUUUCCUGGCGAAGUCACUUUACCCCAAGCCUGUCCCCACUAGCGGCUGUGCCCCCCCCCCUCCCCAUACCCCUGCUGCAGCUCAUGCUAGGCGGCACUACGCACCCCUCACUACCUCCCCCCUGAAUUUUCGACACCCCCCAGAGCAAAAUCUGAAAAUCCGUCUAUGACUGAUACAUGAUCAGUGAAAUGUAUUAACCUGUGCAAUGACAAAACUGAGCUAUAUGCAUGUGAUUAUAUUCAAUCCACGAAAGCUUUUGUGAUGUCAUGUAGGGACAUAUGGAAAACUGUGUUGAUAACAGAUUUAUCAUCUUAAUUGGAAGAGCUAGAUUAAAACGUGUCUGGCAUUUUUUUUUUCAGGAACUAGACCACAUCUUGCGUGAUGACUUCGAUAGGGAAGUUGGUGGUUCACUGAAUCAGUUUCGAGGUACAGUAUGUUUGUGACAAACGAUCACACAGAAAUGAAUAAACGGUUAUAGAUGUAUUUAGGCAAGAAAAGCCUGAAGUUGGAUAAACUGCAGGUUUUUAAAAUAAAGAAUGAGGUAUCAACUUUUGUCUCUCGACCAAACCAUAUCUAUGUCCAAAUGAAAUUUUUUAGCUGCCCAUGUGGCACCAAUUUGAUUAAUAAGAUCUAGUCGCCGAAUUUUAUAUCAGGUCGUCUGGUCAUUUUAAAUCAAUGUGUUAUGAAAUAGUCUCUUUGCAUAUAGAUAACAUAAAAACAGUUGUUUAGUAUGUUAUACAGAAUCAAAUACUUGUUCAUUGAGAUAUUUUAAAGUUUUUUUCCUCAGUCGCCAUGAGGGCUACCAUUGGCAAAUGUCUGGUCGCCAGAUGAAAAAUUGACCUCAAGGACAAGGAUCCAUUCUUGGGCCAUAUUGCCAUAUAAUGUUUCAAAUGUUGUUAAGGCCCAUUUUCACUCAAGAAAAAUUUUCACGGACAGAAAAUUUUCCGAAAAUAUCAUGGUUAAAACUCAGUAAAAGUUUUUUUUCCAACGGAAAAUUUGUGUUGGCCAACCACAUUUUACAAAAUUUUCUUUCUGCGGAAAAUUUUCCUGAGUGGAAAUGAGCCUUCAGGAUUAUCAUAACCAAACAAGUUUCCUUUGCAUUAAAGCUCUCGCUGAUUGCAGUACCAGUGGUUUACAUUCAAUUUUAACGAAAAGACAAGUCCAUUUCAACAAAGCAUCUGAAUCUGCACUCUCAGGUAUAGUUGUGAGCAGAUCAUUUACAUUUGCCAUUCGUUUUAUUUCAUGAAAGUGUCCGCGCCGCUGAAUCUGCGAUUUUCCGCCAUUGAAAGUCAAAAACUUAUGCAUAAAUUAUAUACAUGUACAGUUCGUAUCCAGUCCUUCUAUAACAAGCCCGAAAGAGCAAGAAAGGUUUUCAUCCAAAUCUAGCCAUUUUUUGGUGGAUUCGUCCUUGAACUACGGCUCUUACACAAACUUUCGUUGAAACUGUACCAACAAACAAACAAACAAACAAACAAACAAACAAACAAACAAACAAACAAACAAACAAACAAACAAACAAACAAACAAACAAACAAACAAACAAACAAACAAACAAACAAACAAACAAACAAACAAACAAAUAUAUAUACUUACACCCCUGGUUAUAAAUCACCGAACUAUAGAAUCAGUAAUUAUAGAAUGUUCUGUUUCUAUGGUAUAUCGAACACUUUUGUUCAAAAGUAUAUUUUCUGUUACUUAGUAUUACUCUUUAAAGAAGUUAGUUUUGGAAAUUUUAAUGUAAGGGCUAUGGAAAGUUUUUGAAAAGUUUUGGAAAUUCAAACGGACGAAGCUGUAUGAACCCUGGCUUCACCUUCUCAUCCAACAUUCCUUGAUGAGCAUUGUUGAAUGGUGUUGAACUGAUUUGAACGAUUCUUUACAUUUUAGUAACAAUAUGCUCUGUAUAUUUUGUGCCUUUUAGCUCUGUACAAAACAAGAGACAUGUUAUCUCGCAUUAAUAUGACACUGGGUGCACUGCAUGAAAUUUCAACUGGUCUGAGGUCAGAACUUGGAAAAAUGAAUCUUUAUUUUAAAGAAGCUAAGCGACUUUGCUCCAGUUCUCAGCAAAUAAUCAGUGAGGAUAUCUGCAAGAAGUUUGUUAAUGAAAAAGAUCUUUUCUCGCGUCAAUUACCGCAAGAGGUAGGGGAAUGCAUGUUAAAUUCGUUUUAUUGUUAAUUCGAUCGUGAAAGUGUAUCUAGUAGCUAAUAUAUUAAAUUGAGUGUUGCAGUUUGGUUCAUUGUCUUGGUCGGAAUUAGAACUGAAAGGUUAUUUCGCUGGCCUAGUCAGAGUGACUAGGGCCGCCGAGAGCUUCGCGGGGGCCUGGGGCAAAUUUUUUUAGGGGCCCCUAUUUCAAAGUUUUUUCCGGAAAAAAAUUUUUCGGUCAACAACCUCCCCGUUGUAAUUGCUUUCCAGCGACUUUACCUCAAUUUUUCAUACCUAAUUUCGGUACUUAAACCCGUACUUUGCCCAAAAAAAAACAAAUAUCUUGCCCUUUGCGCGGAAAUAUUUCACCCAAAAAAAUGACUGGGGCCCGGAGCAAUUUGCCCCUUCCCCCGCCUCUCGGCGGCCCUGAGAGUGACAAAACAUAGCAAAGCAACGGUUUUACUAAAGCCAGUUCUCCACUAGGCGAAUUUGUUCGCGCGAACAGUAAAAAAGUAGGAACUGAUCCAACUUUUUCGCGGCGAAUUUUUUCGCUGACCAAUCACAUUGCCAAGAUUUGUUUUUCGCUUCGCGUCGCGCGAAAAAAAUCGCCUAGUGGAGAACGGGCUUAACGGCACUAACCCUAUUCUAAACACCAACUCUAACCCUAACCUAACCUAACCCUACUCCAAGUUUGUUUCUAAACCAAUCUUGAAGAAAAAUGUCAUUCUGAGGUCAACGAAACAAAUGUCAUUCUCGGAGGUCAGCGAAAUAACUUUUUCCUUCUUGCUCCUAUGAAAGUAUGAAUGCCAAUAGAUCUUAGGUUGACCUCCAUAUUUUGCUCUGUAACGCUAUAGACAACCACCAUUUAAAAUAAUUCUGCAUUGCUUCAUCCAACUUAAAGGUUGUUGGAACUUAAAGACAUUGACAACUGAAAAAAUUAGUUUGUCUCAUUCAAAAGAACUCUUAAAAUCAUAUAUUAAACUCUAUUACAGAUUUGUCCUAUGUUGUUUAGUUCUCGACUGAAUAUUUAGACCGAAUUAAUGAGCUAUCCGCUAUCUUGGACUACUGAUUCUUGACCUCAUUAAAGCCGGUUUUCCACAACGUAUCAAAAACGUUUUUAAAUUUCAAAAUUUCGUGAAUGUUGAUCGGUUAGUACUUCCGUAGUACGCCAAAAAGUUGACUUGCGACGAACUUUUUAUUUUACAAAAAUAAUCGACCAAUAACAACGCUCAGAACAGAACAGGAAGUUAGGAAAUUAAAACAGGAAGUUAGGAAAAUUUAAAAUGAAGUUUGGAAUAUUGCAACAGCCGAUAGGAACAUUGCAAAUUCCCUCAAGGGAUUUGCAAAGAGUUUUUCAAAUUUGCAAAGCUAAUGAGGAAAAUUCCAAAUGAGUUACGAAGUCAAAAGAGGAACGCUUCACGUAGUUUACCUGUAAUACGCGAAUACACCCGGAAGUACGUGGAUUUAUAAACCACUUUUCAAUCUGCGCAUGCUCACCAGUACGUUUCGCUACGAUACGGGCGAAGUGGAAAACCUGCUUAACUAUGGUUUUGAUGACGUCAGGAGUUGGGUUAACCAUAUAAAACUACUCUAAAUGACCGAGUAACAAUCCAAAAUUGUUUGAAAUGUUUUUAAUUAUUUCUAAAUUUUAGACAGCAACCAGAAACGAAGUUUUGGACCAAUAUUGAUCGCUUACUCUCAAGAUAAAAAAUGAGCGUGACUUUGACGUAACAUGAAUAUCCUCAAUAAUCCAAGAUGGCGAACAGCUCACUUUUUUCAGUCGAAAUAUUUUGAAAACUAAGCAAGUUUUAAAAUAUAUAAACAAUCUGUAAUAGAGUUUAAUAUAUAGUUUUGGGAGUUCUUUCAAAUGAACUAAACUAUUUUUAUUGCCAAUGUCCUUUAAACGUUAUUUAUCUUAAAAGUAUGUGAACCAAAGGUGAUCUUGAAAGUUUUUUUGCCUAGGUGUCAAACAAUGUCACAGAAGUUACUUCCAGACUUGAUAAAUUUUUGAAGCAUUUGAACUUUUCAUCAGUUAACAAGGUAAUCUUUCUUCUUUCUUACGAUCAAUACGAUAUAACUCCAUUUUUAUUUUUAUCUUCGACCUUCAAAGCACUGGUACCCCUAUAUCUCCAUUCAUAAGUGUUAUCGUUACAGUGACCAUUUCUUUGCUGUAAAUCAGUGGCAGCCUCGUACCCAGGCGCAAAUAACGUACUAAAAAUAGCAACACUGCAGUGUUUUUAUAUAGAUCAGUGGCUAAGAUGAGCGAGCGCGCGGGGGUGCUUGGACAGGACACGACGGGAUUCUGCUUCGUUUCCCGCGUCCUCCCCAAGCACCCCCGCGCGCUCGCUCAUCUUAGCCACUGAUCUAUAUAAAAACACUGUAGUGUUGCUAUUUUUAGUACGUUAUUUGCGCCUGGGUACGAGGCUGAAUCAGUGGCGAAACUAGCAACAGUCAUGCUAUGCAAAUUUUGAAUGAUUUGCAUUAUUCAGUAGCCAGUUGCCAUGGCUAGCUUCACUGUUGUAAGUUACGGUGACCAUUAAGUCUAAUUUAUUUUCGUUACAAUGACCAUCUGAGGAGAAUUUUGACGUAUCCAAGGAGGAACUCUGAUACAUACAUUUGCCGAAUUCAUCAAUUAUACAUUUUUUAUUGUUGUUGUAGAUCCUAAAAUCCCAGGAAGAUAUUGAACGUACUUUAUGUGAAGAAAGAUCGGGCAAAUUGAAAGGUAACGAAUUUCCACUGCAGGUCCCAGAUCAUUCUCGUCCCCAGGCCCAUGGUCGCACGGAGCCGUUUGAGCAUGAGCGUGGGGACGAGGAUGGGUCCAGGUAA